CAUCCUCCCCCCUCUCAGGAUGCUAGGUGGCGCACGGCAGGGCCCGCCGCGGCUGCCCGGACGAGUGCGGCCGCCGGGCACGAGGAGGACGCUAGCUGGCGUACCGCCGGGCCCGCCGCGGCUGCCCGGGCGGGUGCGGUCGCCGGGCACGAGGGGGACGCCAGCUGGCGCACCGCCGGGCCCGCCGCGGCUGCCCGGGCGGGUGCGGUCGCCGGGCACGAGGGGGAGGGGCUCGCCCUCGUCGACCGCGGCAGCGUGCUCUGCGCGAACCCCACGUGCCGGUUCCUGGUGCACACGGACUCCUGCUUCGGCGGCUACUGCUGCCGGAGGUGCCACUGGAUCCACGAGACGGGCCACACGGAUCACCACGACAGGCAUGGUUGCCGCUGCCAGCGGCAGCCCGCCGGGCCGGGCGCCCCGAGGGCUGCGCCGAUGCCGCCCCACGAGGUGUACAGCCUCUUCGGGUCGAUCUGACGUCGCGCCCGCGGGCUCGGUGGAGGAGGAGGAGG